ACCAGGUCUGCCUCCCGCCACGGCCUGAUGCCGACAUACCUCACAUUCUCCUUUGCAACACCGCAUAAAAGCGCCGAGCAAUGCAUCCAAUCGACCAAAGCUGCGCUCGGACUCUGAGAUGUCAGGUGAUGCCGGAAAAACGGCGGGCUGUACUCGGGAGACGGCUUUGGCCGACGACCGUGGCCGACAAGGGCGUGGCCAGCGUGGCACAGGUCGCGGUCACCAGGCCAAAAAUCUCGCCGCCUGUUGAUGCACGACCUUCAAUGCACGGAGGAUAUUCGGAACACAUGCCAUCUGACACUCGACUCGGUAUUUAUAUUUACACAUACCUGCAGAGCCGAUUCUCGUUCCUUCUGCCUUCACCAUGCCCGCAAGCACCACGAACCUCGUACGCGCGCUGCUGCAAUUGACUUUCGCGUCGCUCGUGCUGGGACAAGCGCCGGUGUAUGGACAGUGUGGUGGGAUGAGUUUCUCGGGACCGACGACUUGCGCCGCUGGGUCGUCUUGCGUCUUCAGCAACCCAUGGUACAGCCAGUGCAUUCCCGGCGCUGCUCCGCCAACCUCGACCGCCACUGCACCGCCUACGACCCCAACCGGUCCCGUAAACUUCUGGUUCGCUUUCGGGGACAGUUACACUACGACGAGCUUCGACCCCACCAUGACCCUCCCCUCGGUCGGUAACCCGUUGGGCAAUCCUCCCUUCCCAGGAUUUACCGGCGGAGGAGGCGAAAACUAUGUCGGAUACGACACGGUGACGUACAACAAGUCCACCAUCCUGACCUACAACUACGCCUACGGAGGCGCCACCAUCAACGGGACGCUCGUUCCCCCAUACCUGCCGACAGUCCUGUCGCUGAUUGACCAGGUCACUGAAUUCACAACUGGACCGAUUGUCAAGAAGCCUGUGAACGCGCCGUGGACAAGCUCCAAUGCGUUGUUCUCUAUCUGGAUUGGAAUCAAUGACCUCGGAAACACAUUCACUAAUCCCAACAUUACGUCCUUAAACAAUGUCUUCAUGUCCGAAUACUUUGUGCAGGUGGAGAAACUUUCCCUCCAGCUCACAGAGUCACAGAUCAUGUCUCAGGGUGCCAGCAAUUCAGCGCUGGAGAAGGUCGCCAUCGCUGACUACAAUGCCAAACUCAAAACCAACGUGGCCUCAUUUGCGGCCUCGCAUGCCGGGGUCAAAACUUGGCUCUGGGACUCCAACACCGUCUUUAACACCGUUUUGGACUCUCCCACAACGUACGGAUUUGUGGAUGCUGUCAGUUUCGGAAACACGGGCGAUUUCUGGGGCAACAACUACCACCCUGGGCCUGCCGCGCAUCAGAUCUUUGCGAAGGAUAUCGCUGCGCUGAUGAAUUCGACCAUCUGGUUCUGAAUUCGACCAGUAAUUGAUCAAUCAAUAGUCAAAUUUGUAACACUGCGCAGCCAAUUAGUCUGAUGCUCUCAGUUCUAUAGCCGCUCUCAGUUCUAUAGCCACUCUACCUGAGUGAGU